AUGGCCUCUCGCUCAGGCUCAGCCACUCCUAUAACAGCCGCUUCCUAUGCCUCUCGGCGCUCUCGCGCACCGGCCUCGGCCCCCGCCUGUUCUUCUUGGAGCGGAAGCGGCAGCCCGUCAGGAUUGCAAUCUGCCGGAAACCUGUAUCUUCAUCCAGUAUCAAGGGGAAUUACUGUUGUGUGUUCAGUGAUGGAUGCAUCCAAGAGCAAGCAAGAACCAGACCAUCUCCUUAUUCUUGUCCAUGGUAUCAUGGCAAGCCCCAAAGACUGGACAUAUGGGGAAGCAGUUCUGAAGAGGCGGUUGGGUGAUAAUUUUUUCAUAUAUGCUAGUUCAUCGAACAACUACACCAAAACCUUUGAUGGGAUUGAUAUAGCUGGAAGAAGGUUAGCAAAUGAAGUCUUGGAUGUGGUUAACAAGAUGUCCAGCUUGAGAAAGAUUUCCUUCCUAGCACAUUCUUUGGGUGGUUUGUUUGCUAGAUAUGCUAUUGCAGUACUCCACUCAGUGGAAACAAAGAAUGCAGGACAAAGUAGUGCACUAAUUGUUCCUACAACAAGAGGGUCAGCAAAAUCAAGAUGCACUUCAGGAUUAGGUUCAAUUGCUGGAUUACAGCCAAUUAAUUUUAUUACCUUAGCAACCCCACACCUUGGGGUUAGAGGGAGAAAUCAGCUUCCGUUUCUUCAAGGUCUAUCAAUUCUAGAAAAACUUGCUGCACCUUUGGCUCCUUUAAUUGUUGGGCGCACUGGUGCUCAACUGUUUCUCACUGAUGGUGAUCCUAGUAAGCCGCCUCUCCUGUUACAAAUGGCAUCUGACUGUGAUGACAAAAAGUACACAUUAGCUUUAGCAGCUUUUAAGAACCGUGUCCUGUAUGCUAACGUUUCAUAUGACCACAUGGUCGGCUGGCGAACAUCUUCAUUGAGGAGAGAAAAGGAUCUUGUAAAGCCCUCACAUCGUUCACUGGAUGGCUAUAAGCACAUUGUGAAUGUUGAAUACUGUUCGCCCGAAUCAUCAGAGGGCCCCCAUUUCCCUUCCAAGGCUGCCAGAGCUAAAGAAGCUGCACAGCGAACGCCAAACAGAGAAAAUACCGAGGAAUACCACCAAAUGAUGGAGGAGGAGGUGAUCCAUAGCCUGCAGAAGGUUGGUUGGAAGAAGGUGGACGUCAACUUCCAUUCAUCAUUCUGGCCUUACUCUGCUCACAACAACAUACAUGUCAAGAACGAGUGGCUUCACAAUGCUGGUGCUGGUGUUAUCGCGCACGUUGCGGACAGCAUCAAGCAGCAGGAGUCACGGCCAUGUCUUCCUGCCAAUCUAUAG